UCGAGUGAGUUGAGUUUAUUUGAGUUGUUUAUUGUUUACAGAUCGCCAUUAUUUAUAGGAAAUAUUCUUGUCUUAUUAUUGUAAAUAAGUAAAGAAAAGGUUCCAAAUUUAAAUUGUUUGUGAAAUAGUUGCAGACAUUAACAUUUCUAAAUGAUAAAGGAAUGCGGAGGAAGUUGCUUACGACUGAGAUAAAUGCGAAUUUUCUACAAUACAAUAAUCCAAGCGUUGGUAAAAUGAAAGGCAAUUCCGCCGUAGAUUUGUCAGAGACUGAGCAAAUUAUCAAAGAGGAAACGGAACAAUACGAGGAGAAAUCGAAAACAUUAAAACCAAAAGUAAAUAACUGCGACAAUAGCAACAAUGCUUAUGUUAGCGCCAGCAACGGUUGCAGUGCAGUUGGUGAGAAAAAAGAGAUGAUAGAUAUAGAGAACGCGCUUCGAUUGCGUCAAUAUGCAAUCGAUGAGUUAAUAACCACCGAAAAGUCAUAUAUUGAGGACUUGAAGAGUAUUGUUGAUGAUUAUUUAGCCGAGGUGCUGGAUCCCAAAAGUGAUAUACCCAAACCCGAUGAUUUGAAGGGCGGCAAAGAGCGCAUGGUUUUUGGCAACAUUGAAGCUAUCUAUGAGUGGCAUAAGAAAUCCUUUUUGGAAGCAUUAGUGCGCUGCCGCAAUUCACCCGCCGAUCUGAGCACCCUUAUCGAAGAUUAUCUACACAAAUUCGAUAUGUAUAAAAAAUAUUUUCAAAACAAGCCGUUAUCGGAUCACAUUGUGACCACGCACCUACUGUAUUUUGACAAAAUCAGACAGAAUCUAGGUAGCCGCCUGGAUCUCAACGAUUUGCUCAUAAAACCAGUGCAGCGAUUGCCGAAAUAUGUGCUGUUAUUCAAAGAGAUUGCCAAAUAUGCCCGCGCCGCUGGGCGUGAUGCCGAAGUGGUUGGCGUCGAGAAAGCUAUGCGCGUUAUGGGUAUGAUUUGUAAGGCUGCUAAUGAAGUGAUGGAAUUGCAUCGUUUACAAAAAUUCGAGGGUGAAAUCACUGAGCAAGGAGAACUUCUAUUGCAUGACAAACUCUACUGCAUUGAGGUUGAAAAGGCUGAUCGCAAUGCUUAUAUAUUGCAGAGACCGCGUGAACUUUAUGUUUUCCUUUUCAAGCAGAGCAUAAUUUUCGCGGAUAUCGAUGGCAAAAAGCUACAAUGCAGUAGUCCAACAUACACCUAUCGCUCGCAUAUACAGGUCAAUAAAAUGCAGUUAAAAGAAUUAGAAAACAAUCGUUUUCAGCUCAAAUCGACCGAUCCAAAUAAAUCGGGCUUGAAAAUAAUUUGCUACGCGUCCACCGUGGAGUUGACCAACGAGUGGCUACGCAUCCUACGCAAUAUACUGCAGUCACUGCAGGAUUUCCGGCAGGCCAUAACCAAUCCAAUCGAAUAUCAACACCAGCAGCAACAACGGUAUUAAAAUUCGACAAGAAAACAAAAAGAAACCCAACAAAAACAAGAAUUACAACAAAACAGCAAUUAUGUAUGUAUGUACUAUGUACAAUUAUUUGCCAAAAUGCAUUUCAUAAAAACUUCCACAAAGUUAUAACUAUAGCAUUUUUAAAUUAUAAUAUUUUAUAUAACCACGGUCAUAACACACACACGCACAACAAACCCCACUCAUUUGCUGGAUUUAAAUUAUAAGAAAAGAGCUUAGAUAAUAUGUCUCAAAGCAGAAAACAUCUAUUAAAGUGUUUAUCGCAAACAACAUGAUCAUUUGUUUCAAUUUCUAAUUAAAUUAAAAUUGUAGUAUUUAUG